AUGUCUGCUCAAAACGACUUUGAACGUCGACUCUCUGUUGUGAACGGUAUCUCAGAUCGUCGAACGUCCACUGCAGAACCACGUCCUGCUACUCCUGGACCAGAAGAAAGUCAAGCUCGUGCAGAAAUCGCCAAAACACAACUACGAAACUUCGAUCCAACCAUGGUUUCUCAAUCUGUCAACAAAACAGCUUUGCACCCAGGUGGUGUUCAGCCAAGUCGAGAACACACAGAGCUCGAGGAAGAGCUACACACUCACGCUCAUAUCGACUAUGACCGUGUAGCCAUUAUCGCCAACCCAUCGGUAGCAGCUCUAUACGAAGAUGCUCUUGUCUACGAAACGGGCUCUGCCAUGACCUCGACUGGUGCUUUGACUGCAUACUCAGGUGCCAAAACUGGUCGAUCGCCCUCGGAUAAGAGAGUGGUCAAAGAGCCAAGUUCCGAAAAGGACGUUUGGUGGGGACCAGUCAACAAGGAAAUGUCACCAGAGGUCUGGAAGAUCAACAGGGAGCGAGCAAUCGACUACUUGAACACUCGAAACCGAAUCUACGUCGUCGACGGCUAUGCAGGAUGGGACGAGAGAUACAGGAUCAAUGUCCGAGUUGUGUGCGCUCGUGCCUACCAUGCCCUCUUUAUGCGAAACAUGCUUAUCCGACCAAAACGAUCAGAACUCGAGCACUUCCAUCCUGACUAUGUAAUUUACAAUGCUGGUUCCUUCCCUGCCAACAGAUACACUACUGGUAUGACCAGCCCGACCAGUGUUGCCCUCAACUUUGCCGAGAAGGAGAUGGUCAUUCUGGGAACAGAAUACGCUGGUGAGAUGAAGAAGGGGAUCUUCACGGUACUGUUCUACGAGAUGCCAGUCAAGCACAAUGUCCUCACACUGCACUCCUCUGCCAACGAGGGCGAGAAGGGAGACGUAACAGUCUUCUUUGGUCUGUCUGGUACUGGCAAGACCACACUAUCAGCUGAUCCUAAGAGAAAGUUGAUCGGUGAUGAUGAACACUGCUGGUCAGACAAGGGUGUUUUCAAUAUUGAAGGUGGAUGCUACGCCAAAUGCAUUGGCCUGUCAGCAGAGAAGGAGCCCGAUAUCUUUAAUGCCAUCAAGUUUGGAUCCGUGCUCGAGAAUGUGGUCUUUGACAACGAGACCAGAGAAGUUGACUACGACGACGCUACCUUGACAGAAAACACCCGAUGCGCCUAUCCAAUCGAAUACAUCCACAAUGCGAAGAUUCCAUGUCUAUCUGACAAUCACCCAACCAACAUCAUCUUGCUUACCUGCGACGCCCGAGGUGUGCUACCACCUAUCUCUAAGCUUGACACCAACCAGACUAUGUUCCACUUCAUCUCCGGCUACACCUCGAAGAUGGCAGGUACCGAGGACGGUGUCACAGAACCACAAGCUACUUUCUCAUCUUGCUUCGCUCAACCAUUCUUGGCGCUCCACCCAAUGAGAUAUGCUAAGAUGUUGGCCGAGAAGAUAUCUGAACACAACGCCAACGCCUGGCUAUUGAAUACUGGUUGGGUAGGUGCUGGUGCUACCACGGGCGGCAAGCGAUGCCCUCUGAAAUAUACUCGUGCUAUCCUCGAUGCCAUUCACUCUGGUGAGCUCGCCAAGCAGGAAUACGAAACAUAUGACACAUUCAACCUGAACGUGCCAAAGACAUGCCCGGGUGUUCCAGAUGAGCUGUUGAACCCCAAGAAGAGCUGGACCGGCAGUGCUGAUUUUGGUGAGGAGGUCACCAAGUUGGGCAAGCUCUUCAAGGAGAACUUCGAAAAGUAUUCAUCUGAGGCUACAGAAGAUGUCAUUAAGGCUGGUCCGGCUGUAUAA